UACCAGGCUGAAGAUUUUUUCAAGCACGUACCACAUAUAAAGAUUCAACUUGAAUUUGGCUAAUGGUCUUCCAUUUACCUAGUGACUGGGACUUCUAUACCGGCUCAGACCCUACCGGUGGAAACGUCAUCUACCAAAACAAGUCGGCCGCAGAGUCCGAGAGACUUGCAUAUGUCGAUUACUCCGACUACACAACGGUCCUUGCAGUUGAUUCGACCAGCACUGUUGCCGCUGGCGGCGAUCGUAACGCUGUUCGUAUCACAUCACAAAAUAGCUAUAGCGGUGGUCUCUUUAUCAUGGAUGCCGUCAAAAUGCCUGUCGGCUGUUCUACGUGGCCUAGUUUCUGGACUGUUGGGCCGAACUGGCCAUAUGGGGGUGAAAUUGACAUUGUCGAGGGCAUCAAUGACCAGGCAAAAAAUCAGAUGACACUUCACAGUGGCACAAAUCACGCCUGCACCAUCGAUACGAAUGAUUCCGAUGAGUUUACAGGCUCCAUCCUCUCGAGCAACUGUUACAGCACCGAGACCUCAGACUCAGGCUGUAGUAUUAUGGAUAGUAGCUCAACGUCUUUUGCGUAUGGAUUCAACAAUGCAGGGGGUGGUGUCUUUGCGCUUUUGUGGGACAAUUCCACUGGCAUGUCAAUGUGGCACUUCGCUCGGUCUAACAUCCCUACUGACCUCACGGCCCGAGUACCCACGCCUUCCAGUUGGGGCACUCCGUCUGGUUUCUGGUCUGAAAAAACCUGCGAUAUAACAGACAACUUCUACGACCAUCAGAUGGUCAUCGAUACUACCAUCUGCGGCAAUUGGGCAGGCGGUGCCUACUCGCAAUCUGGAUGCCCAGGAACGUGCGCAGAUAUGAUUGCCAAUGCUAGUAACUACGUCGACGCUAAGUGGGUUAUAAACUACGUUGCUGUCUAUCAGUAUCAGUAACCAUUCACCUCAAUCGUUUAUUUUUUCUACUGCCGGUUGGGGCAGGGUCUCAUGCUGGACAUUGUUGCAUAUCCGAGUUCAUACUAUUAUAAUUUGUCUUGUUUAAUGCAUUAAGUGCAUGAAAUUCUCGGAAAUAGAAGUUUGCUGAAGUGUGAA